CAGACAUUUAAAAUGACUUGGAUUUUCAUCAAAAUAGCAAAGAGUGGGAGCACAGAGAUAAAUCUGUUAUUACAUGCUAAUCACACGAGUAGUAAUGAUUGAGUUAACAUGACCAUCCAAGAUUAUUUAAAGAAAAAACAUAUUUUCGGCUAACGAUUUAGCGUUUGUGCCAUCUUUUUGAGGAUACAAUUAGUGACCUUGUUUUUGUUUCAUUAUCUCAGUUACAUAAAUUACACUAUUAUUUUAGCGUCUAAAUCUUUCGAAAACUGCUUUCAACAUGCCUUUAAAGUCAAAAGUAGGCACGAACUUUCCCAUAAUUUAGAUAUCGUUAUUUUAUGUUUUUGACUUCAAUAAAUUUUCCACAUCUUUAAAGAACGAAUAAAUCUAUUUUUGUUGCGUCAGUCACAGAAAUAUACAUGUGAAGCUGAUAGACACCUUACGCAAGUGAAUCUGUUUUACCUCGCUUGUACCGUUGUAGAGACAAAGAUGAUGAGGUCCGGAAGUGUGAAACUCGUGAGCAGGCUAUUUAUGAAAAUGUUAUAUAGAACAUAUGUUCCGUAUAUACGGAACAUAAUAAAGAAAAUGAUGUGUUAUUUGAGUAGAAAUCCUUCAUUUUCUCAGCCCGGACCCAAAAACCCGAAUCACGUUAAGAAAGAUAUAUUUAUCUACAAAAACAUAACUCCUACACUAAUGAAAAAAUUUCACGGGAAAAUGCCUCAGAUCAGUUCCAUUUAGCUAUGAGUCUAUUAAAUAUGGGUGAAAAUAAUUCCCGAAAAACUGAUGAAUCGGUCAGUUCAACAUUUCAAAAAAUGUUUUUCCUCGCUUUUCUAAAUUCCAUUCCGUUAAACGUACUAUAUCAUUUUCAGAAUCGUCGGUAUGCUUCUAGUUGAUUUUUAUUAAAUUGCCUCACAGUUACAUGCGUUGAUCAAAUUCUAGCGCUGUUCCUGAUAUUUUUUUCCAGGGGCAUUGUAUACCAUUUUGAAAACAUCGCCCCUCCUUGAAAUUGAGAUAAUUGUUUGUUGUGUGGACUAGUCAACCAGUUUUCUUACAUUAAAUUAUCAAAGGAUUUCCUUUUGAAUGGAGAUAAUUUCACGAAGACCAACUUUAAUACGUACACCCCAAAAAACCUUAAAAUUCGUCAUUCCACCGCACUCAGGGGAACAAACCUCAUUAAAUCAUUCUACAUUAAACCGUGGAAACUUAAGUCCUCAGCCAGCUAAAGAUUCGAUCACUUCUAAAGCAAAUACAGUUAACUUCAUCUCCCAACAAACACUAGUUAAUGGUGAUCAGGAUGGUCUUUUGGAAAAUGGGAGAGAUUGUGACGAAAAUCCAUCCAACCUGGCCAGCACAGAUGAUGAAGUUUCAAGUUUAAUUUUAGAUGUCAAUAACACAACGCUACAGCCAACACAUUGUGAAUUAACUACUUACGAUUCUUCUGCUUCACAGAGUAUACAAGCUGAAGAUAUUUAUGGUUUCAUUUUUACGGAACAAAAAAAAACUAGCCAUAAAGAUGAGACGAUACCACAGCAACAGACUACUUCUGCGGCAAAAUAUACAAGAAGUAUUCUUAAAUCAAAACCACUCUCUCCGAAGAUAUAUUUUGAUGGUACAUAUGAAUCCUUUCAAGAUAAAAUGUAUUAUACGUUACAUGGAACACGUGAUAGUGUUGACCUCACUACAGUUCGCUUUCAAAUCGGUUGUGUUUCACCCUAUUUUGGCGAUGAUAGCAGCUCAAAUGAACAUGUCGUGAAUACAUGUUACGUACCUCCUGAAGCUGAAAAUAUCGAAUCACCUAGUACAGCGCGAAAAACCGUACGAUUCGCAGACGAAGCAAGGGAUUUCAUACAAACCUACCCAACAUCUAUGAAUCCUCUAUUUUCAAAUGCUUUUCCCCUAAGAAAUGACCCGGAUAUCGAUGAGAUAGCAUCAAUUUUCGGAAGUGACACACCAUCUUCUUUGGAAGAAAACUUAGCAAAAACAACAGAAAUAAACAAUUGUAAUUAUAGUCCAACAACUUCGGUCGGUUCAAACUUCAUAUCAAUUAGUAUCGGAAUGAUGCCUAAUCAACUGCCAAAACCGGUCAAUAGAAAUUCAACAAACAUAUAUGAUACAGAAAAGACAAAUUAUGCAAAAACUGAUGAACCAACCAAUUGGAACAUAAUGCCGAAAAAUGAAUAUACUUUAGAAAGUUCGAAUGAGCAGACGAACGAGUAUUCAACUCUUGACUAUGAAUUAAUAAAAUCAAAUGGUAAAAUGAACGUUACCUCAAUUGAUAAAACAUAUCCUACAACACGAAUAAAUUCCAGUAGAAUAAAUAAAGUACAAGGUUAUGCUGAUCUGUUAAUUGGUCGACCUAAACUUCAUGAUGACUUUUUAAUCCCUCGACAACAGUUACUAACAAACAACUUUUCGUUAAAUCGUUUAUUUAUUCAUCCAUUUAAUGGAUAUCAACGUGAGAACUCAACCACACUAAGUCCUCAGAAUACAUAUCGAUUCAACCCGCCAUCGAAUAACCAUAACAUAUUCCUGUCUGGUCCUCAGAAUCAUUUACUGUCUAAUAAAACUGACACAUUGGAAACUAACCGAACACACUAUCUUAUCCGCAAUCUGCAUAGUACACGUUUACCAAACAAUGAACAGACAUAUGAUUCGGUAAGGCAGUCAGGUAUAGAGAACAAAAACAAUAUUUCAUUACAUGAGUACCAGAAUAAUAGUAGCAAUAUUAAUAAAAGUUCUCAAAUUCAAUAUCAGAUUACGUAUGCUUCGGAUUAUGAGGGGAUAGAUUUAUCUCUCAUGGGAAACGAUACCCCAACAACUCCUUUAUCACCGUCGCCAUCUUCAACAAUAACAACAGUUAUAGAAACCGGUCGUCAACGUGAUCAUGCAUCCGACACUGAAAACUGUACUACACUUGUCCCACAACCAACAACCCAGGGUAUCACGAAAGAGUCUCUAUGGAACAAAGAAGACAAUAAGCAAAAAACUGAAAGUUCCAAGUUAAUUAUCAGCAUCCAACAGAAACAGCACUCACAAUCCUCUGCACCACUGAAUACUACACCUGCCCGACUUCUUCAACGCCGAACACGUGUUUGUGAAUCUUCUGCAAUAGGUUUGAAUUCUUCUGAUCCAAGGAUGAUUAAUUCUGCUUAUGAAUUUGAAACUACACAAUCUGAAGUAAAUAAACAGGAAGAUUUAGUGAAAUUUGAGAAAAAUUCAAUUACUCCUAAUCCUAUCACAAAUCAAAAUGUUACUAAUAAUCCGAAAGCUUGUUGGUUUCGUCUACAUAAUGGAUAUUCAGAAGAAACUAAAUGUAGUACCAAUAAAAGUCCCACGAAAAAUCAGUUCAGCAUUAAUAUUAGAAAUCAACCAACUGUUUUCAAACAGCCAGAUAAACUUGUAAAUGAUUCUGACAGUUGUGAUUAUGAUAAUGUAGCAAAUUUAUCACCAAAGUGUGUUACACCGUCUACAUUUAAACUAGGCACUACUCCAGUUGUUAAAAAAUUAUUUGGACCUAAAUUGCAAUCUGCGACAUACACACAAAUACAUGAUGUCACACAACGUCUAACUGAAUUUCUUCAAUCUGAAGGCGAUUACCAACACCAACAACAAACAAAAUCACCGAUAAUAGCACAACAAUUGUGUCACCAAGGUAACAAGCUCAAAGCCUUAUCAACCUUACAACCGAUUCCGGUUAAACCAGAAGUGUUUAAUCACUCUUCUGUUAAUAACAAAACUUCUAGACUCUUGACAAAUAUGCUACGCUUUACUGUGUAAAAUCUUAACGGCUAUCAAAACGACUGAUGAAUUUAUGACUUCGUUUAUGGAUAUAAUCUUGGUUGUUUGAAUUAAUGUAGAAAACAAAUUACUGAUAUCUUAUUGAAUACUAGCUAUCAACAUUACCCAUGACAUUCCCCCAUUUUCAUCGAUCAACGAAACAAGCAUCAAUUGUGUGAGAACUGGCAACGUAAAGUUAAAUACAAUAACUCAUGUCAUAUACGAUAAAACGGCGUUUUAGUUGUGACAAACUAGUAACGCAUUAUAAGAUGUGAUAACAGUGGGGUUAUAUGGAAGACCUGUAAUACCAUCAGCAUUGUCAAUAGAAGAGCAGAGAUUAAUCAAAUCCCUUGAGCGUCUAAACAGGCGAUUAAGUGAAAUAUUUAUUCGUCAACAGUGAUAACACAAUCACGAAGAUAAUCAAAUACGUAGAAAACGGCAGUCCCAUUAUUCACAUUUAUUGAUUAUAUAUAUAUAUAUAUAUAUA